CUGCCGCACCUCCACCGUCCCAUCAUGCCUAGGCGGAAGCGGAAGCUGGCGGCUGCCAGGCCGGAUGUGCCUUCCGAGCCGGCGGCUCCUUCCGCUUCCUCUGCUGCUGCUGUUGCGGCUCUCCCUCCGCCGCCGCCUCUUCCUCCUUCUCCCCCGGUUCCGCGUGCCAUGGCGCUCUUCGAGCAGAUGCGGGCGAACGUGGGGAAGCUGCUGAAGGGCAUCGACAGGUACAAUCCGGAGAAUCUGGCCACACUAGAGCGCUAUGUGGAGACCCAGGCCAAAGAGAAUGCCUACGACUUGGAGGCCAACCUGGCUGUGCUCAAACUGUAUCAGUUUAACCCACCCUUCUUCCAAACCACGGUGACUGCCCAGAUCCUCCUGAAAGCUCUGACCAACCUUCCCCACACAGACUUCACGCUCUGCAAGUGCAUGAUCGACCAGGCUCACCAAGAGGAGAGACCCAUCCGUCAGAUUUUGUAUCUGGGUGAACUGCUGGAGACCUGUCACUUCCAGGCUUUCUGGCAAGCAUUGGAUGAGAACAUGGAUCUCCUAGAUGGUGUCACUGGAUUUGAAGAUUCAGUCAGGAAAUUCAUCUGUCACGUGGUGGGAAUCACCUACCAACACAUUGACCGGUGGCUUCUGGCCAAGAUGUUGGGUGACCUCACAGACAUCCAGCUCAAAUCCUGGAUGAGCAAGUAUGGCUGGACGGAGCCAGAGCCUGGUACGAUCUUUAUCUGCAACCAAGAGGAGAGCAUCAAACCCAAGAACAUUGUGGAGAAGAUUGACUUUGACAGUGUCUCCAGUAUCAUGGCUUCUUCCCAGUGAAGCCUGUUCCAGCAUUUCUCCCUCACUACCGGCCUGCUGUAUUUUUUUUUAAUUCACCCCUUUUUAACAUAACCUGGACAAUAAAUGACCCUAAGCAGCCUGUA